ACGUCAAUUGUGCAAACUUUGCAUACAUACUUUCUGCUAGCAUACAUUUUAUAAACAAAGUGCGAGCAAGUGUUGUCCACGUAAUAAAAAUUCUUCGUAUCCGGGAUAAGCUAGUUUUGAUUACGUUCUGCAUUGUUUUUAAUGAGAACAUGAAGCGCUCCGAAUUGUAGAACAACCACAAAAUGUUUUCUCUGCAAAUAUUCUGGAGUGAAAAGAAACUCAUCAAGUUGGUCCUAAUUAUGGGUGACAACAGAGUGUAUCUGGAGCAAACAGAAUUAACAUGUUGAUGGUUAAAAAUAUUGCUUCAGAUUUGUUCGGUUUGUAGUUUUGACACACAACAAUAAAGUAUAAGACGAAUAGGCACAUACAUCAUCUGAAAUAAUGCGUCCACGAAAAACAUUCUUGAUUGCGGCAAUACUAGUUGGGUGGAUUUUCACAACGUACCUAAUAUUCAUAAAAAACUUCAAAGAGUCAAAUCCACAAAGAGACCAAAGUAUCUUACAGAAGGUCCAUUAUUUGGAACAAAACAUUCACUUUGCAGAGGAAAGUCGGGGCCGAUUAUACAGAGAAAUAAUAAAUAUUCUUCAGAAAGAAGAGAAAACAACCAGCACUGAAGCGCUUCCUCCGGUGGUAAAUAACGUUGAUCUAAUCGAGGUUCCAGCGCCCAUAGCAGAGACACCUCCCAAACCGGAUGGUUCUUCCGGACUCGAAAAAUUCCAGCAGAAGUAUAUUAAUGGCGAUGUCAACAGUCCCAUCAUUCCCGUUUUAGUCUUCGCAUGCAAUCGUCUGUCCGUGAACAAAUGUUUAGAUGAUUUGAUAAGAUAUCGCCCCAGGGCUGAUCAAUUCCCCAUCAUUGUGUCCCAGGAUUGUGACGAUGAAGCUACACGAACCAUGAUUCUUUCCUAUAAGGAAAACGUCACAUUGAUCCGUCAGCCAGACCAGUCCGAUAUAACCGUGCUACCGAAGGAGAAAAAAUAUAAAGGAUACUACAAAAUUUCUCGUCACUAUGGUUGGGCUUUGAAAACCGUAUUCAAGCAAGGUUUCGAAUCGAUAAUUAUCGUUGAGGACGAUUUGAGCAUUGCGCCGGACUUUUACGAAUACUUUUUGGGAACAUAUCCCAUACUCAAAAAAGAUCAGUCUCUGUGGUGCAUUUCCGCCUGGAAUGAUAACGGGAAGGAAGGAUUGAUUGACGGUGCCGCCAGCGAGUUGCUGUAUAGAUCUGAUUUCUUCCCAGGACUCGGCUGGAUGAUGACCAAAGAACUGUGGGAGGAGUUGGAACCCAAGUGGCCAAAAGCGUUUUGGGAUGACUGGAUCCGACAGCCCGAGCAACGCAAAGAAAGAGCCUGCAUUCGACCUGAGCUACCUAGAACUCGCACUUUCGGAAAGGUCGGCGUUUCUAAUGGCCUAUUCUUUGACAAGCAUUUGAAAUAUAUAAAACUAAGCGAAGAGUUUGUUAGUUUCACCAAGAUGAACCUGACCUAUUUACAUAAAUCAAUUUACGACGACAUGUUCCUGAACGCGGUUUACCAGAGUCCGGUAGUGACGCUAGAUGAACUGAAACGAGGUUUGGUGAAAACAACGGAUCCUGUGAGGGUGGCGUAUCUUACCAAAGAGCAGUAUAAGCGCAUCACCAAAAGCCUCGGAUUGAUGGACGACUUCAAGAGUGGCGUACCACGUACCGCCUAUCACGGUAUAGUUUCAUUCUUCUACAACGGCCGGCGUGUUUAUCUGGCCCCGAACGUGAACUGGAAAGGAUACGAUUUGACCUGGAGUUAACGGCAUCGGUUAGCUGCUAUACGUAAUGAACAUUUCUACAUAUUAUCUAGCAAUGUGCUAUGGUGAAACUACAGAAAUUAAACAGGCUGAUUUUUAGCAGAGAAAAACAUUUCAAUAUGAUCCGACGAAUUGGAACAAUAUCUUCCAAACAAUGCUCAAGCUAUGACAAUGAUGAAGAGCGCUAGUUCCUAGCCAUACAUCACUUUCGCUUGAUGGAAUCACCCUAAUUUCCAUUCCAUGUUACUGUACAAUAGUUUUUUUGUUCUUCCAAGCAAACACCAUUCAGAGCUAUUAGGUUUAGGUAUUAUUUCUUAGGUUUGCUUUAAUUGUUAAUUAUUUCAUUGGUCGGGUACAAGCGUAACUGUAAGUUUUAAUUUAUUGAUAUUAGAAUGUAAUCGGCACUUGGAACAUGCGAUUGUUGAUACUAAUUUCGAUACUAGUCAAAUAUCAAUGACAUAUUAUGUUCACUUUUGAUUGCUCAUUGGAAGGUAGCUAGCUUUUCUUUGAAUUUUCUGUCGAUUUGCAAUUUCUGAAAAACCAUUGGGGAAAGCAAUACAUUCAACAGUUUACUAUUAACUUCAAUGAUAGUAAGGACCACCAUGAAAAGGAAAAAUAUAUAUCGCAAAAUGCUUCUUUGGAAGGUUAUCUCAAAUGGAAGGUCGAUAAUAAAUGUAGAACGAAAACGGAAUAAA